CAAUGAUGUGUAACAUGAAGUUCUUCAUCAGUGUAUUAUUAUUGAAAAUGAUAAACACUGCCUUGUCGCAACCAGAAACCAAACUGUUACUCCAGGGCUGCAGCUUGUACAAUGCUUCAAACUUGUGGAAUUUCUAUAGUAAUUUUAACAGCACCAUGACAGACCUCAGGACACAACUUCUAGAUGAAAACAUACGUUUUGCGACGGUUCAGUGGCCUAGAAGCUCGGACCCUGUUUAUGGCAUGUGUCAGUGCAGGAAAUACUUAUCCAGCAGAGACUGUGUGGCGUGCUUUGAUGCAGCCGUGUCAGCAAUUCGCAACUGCUCUGCUUCUAGCGGGGCUCGUGUCAUAUAUGAUGGCUGCUUCCUCAGGUAUGAUAGCAAUAGCAUCGAUGAAGAGACAACUCUCCCUGGCAAUAUGGGGAUUUGUGGAAACCGUACUGUAUCUUGGACCACAGCUUUCAAAACAGCCGUAGAUGGACUACUUGGAGACCUUCAAAUUGCAACACCGAAGAUCAAAGGUUUUUUUGCCGCAUCUACCAGACAAAUAGCUGGUGGUGUUGGUGCAGUUUAUGCAGUGGCACAAUGCAUCGAGACAUUAAACAAAACUGGGUGCCUACAUUGUUUAACUAUGGCUUAUAGUAGUUUAAGAACUUGCCCACCUCAGGCUGAUGGGAGGGCCAUAGAUGUAGGGUGUUUCUUCAGAUACUCAGACACCGCAUUUUUUGCUGAAAAUCAGACUACUGAUAUCACACCUUUCCUGAGAAGUGGGAGUUCAAGCAACAGGAAGGCAAUUUUAAUUGGCAGCAUUGUGGGGAUAGCAGGGCUUAUAUUGAUUAUGACAAUAUAUAUAUAUAUAUAUAUAUAUUUAUGGUACAAAGUUUUAGGGAAACGAAUCGCAGCACCAAGAGGUGACAUAUUGGGAGCAACUGAAUUGCAAAGCCCUACAAAAUACAGUUAUAAUGACUCGAAAUUAGCUACAAAAAAUUUCAGCAUAGUAAACAAACUUGGAAAAGGUGGUUAUGGAGAUGUAUACAAGGGAACUUUAAAGAAUGGGGAUAUUGUUGCAGUGAAAAGAAUAGCAUUAGACGCCAGGGUAGCAGAGACAAUAUUUGAUAGUGAAGUUAGACUCAUUAGUAAUGUUCAUCAUCGUAAUCUCAUCCGUCUCCUUGGAUGUUGCAUUAAAGGACAGGAACUACUUCUUGUCAUUGAGUACAUGGCCAACUUCAGCCUUGAAAAAUUUCUAUAUGGUGAAAGGCGAGGCACUCUUAACUGGAAACAAAGGUUUGACAUAAUUUUUGGCACAGCCAAGGGUCUUGCCUAUUUACAUGAACAAUAUCAUGUAAGGAUCAUACAUCGAGAUAUAAAAUCGAGCAACAUAUUGCUUGAUGAAGAGUUUCAGCCAAAAAUUGCUGAUUUUGGAUUUGCCAGACUUCUCCCUGAGAGCCAAAGUCAUGUUAACACCAAAUUUGCUGGGACAUUAGGGUAUACGGCACCAGAGUAUGCAAUACAUGGGCAAUUGUCUGAGAAUGUAGAUACACAUGGCUUCGGGAUCGUAGUCCUUGAAAUUAUUAGUGGCAGAAGGUGCAAUGAUGUUCAAUCUACCAAUGAAUACCUACUCGAAGAUGCAUGGAGAAUGUACGAGAACAACAUGUACUCAGAGUUAAUAGAUAAGACACUAGACCCUGAUGAAUACAGGGUAGAAGAUGUGAAGAAAUGCAUGGAGAUAGGUUUAUUGUGCACUCAAUCUCCGGUGUCUUCAAGACCACCAAUGUCUCAAGUUGUUGCCAUGCUCUUAAUUGGUAAUACAUCUGAAGAUGCUUAGAUUGCACACCUAGCAUAACAUCAGAUAAAAUGUGUAUGAGCAGAGCUGUUUAAAAAUAGACUUGUACAAAUUGAAAUCGAGAUAGAUAGUACAGAGAAUAAAUAAUAUGAAAUCAAGAUAAUUAGUGUUCAUGUUUAAGGUUUAACCAAGACUGACCAGAUUAUUUGUGGCGAUUAUUGGCAAGAUAUUAAUUAAUUGUUAGGGAGAUAUAGUAAUCAACUAGGAGUAAACCUUGGUGGGUUUUGAACCGGAAACAUCACGACAUAUCCUAAUACUCCUUCCAUCUCAAAUUAGAUGAGCUAGUUGACUUUGGGCACGUAACUUAAGGUGCAUUGACCGACUAGUUCCGAAAUUUAUUUUUUUAAUUUUUCUUUUGUAAAUGAAAAUUUCAUAUUUAAAUUUUUAUUUGCAAAAAUAAAAUUUUAAAAAUAUAUAAUAUAGCUAUGCGGUCAAUGGACUUUAAAGUGCGUGCCCGAAGUCAACGAGCUCAUCUAAUUUGGGAUGGAGGGAGUACAAAGUUACACAAACAUAGAUUCACGUUGUGCCACCAAACACACUCCAUAGACCAUAAGUGUACCAUUAAGAGCAAUAAAUUAUAUAUGUAAGUGAAAAGAAAUGUAAGGAAAACUGUAGAGUCAAAACAACACGGAGAUGCUUUUUAUAGUGGUGGACGGGCGAUAUUUUCCAUGUGGAGGCGAUAACAGCGAGGUGAAUAAAUUAUCAUUAUUAUAGAGGAAGGUGAGGCGACAGUCACGAGGGUGUGGCGAUAAUAACGAGAUGAUUGAUUGUCGUUUAUGAUGAAUAAUGUUGAGCACAAAUUCUAGCAUAAUCUCUAUAUCAAAUUGAGAUAAGAUAUUUACGGUCAAUACCUAGAAAACUACUUUGAUAAUUAAUACGCGAAAACUAAUAUAGAGAAAAAAGAAAACACCAAUUCCAUGAUAGUUUAAUGUUACAUGUAACUAGAGCCCCCUAAAAUAAACAAAUGUAGACUUUAAAAUCCGAAUAUGUAAUUAUAGCUUCCCCAAGUGUAGUUAUGUAUAUUUUUCCAUGUAAUUGAAAAUUAUACUGAAAAAUGAUAAUAGUACAACACUGAAGAUAGCUAGCUAACGACCUGUAAAAUGAAGUACUAGUAACAGUUGCAAUAUGUAAUUCUGCAGGCAUACUUCUGGUUGGUAAUUUAGGUUCUAGAAGUAUGCCUGCGGAAUUACAUAACAAGAUUAAGGAUAGCACAUCUAUGUCUAAUAAGUUCUCUAUUGCAACUGUUACUAGUACUUCAUUUUACAGGUCGUUAGCUAACUUCACUGUUGUACUGUUAUCAUUUUUCAUAAUUUUCAAUUACAUGGAAAAAUAUACAUAACUACACUUGGGGAAGCUAUAAUUAAAUAUUCGGAUUUUAAAGUCUACAUUUAUUUAUUUUAGGGAGCUCUAGUUACAUGUAACAUUAAAUAUCAUGGAAUUGGUGUUUUCUUUUUUCUCUAUAUUAGUUUUCGCGUAUUAAUUAUCAAAGUAUUUUUCUGGGUAUUAAUCGUAAAUAUCUUAUCUCAAUUUGAUAUAGAGAUUAUUCUGGAAUUUGUGCUCAACAUUAUUCGUCAUAAACGACAAUCAAUCAUCUCGUUAUUAUCGCCACACCCUCGUGACUGUCGCCUCACCAUCCUGUAUAAUAAUGAUAAUUUAAUCACCUCGUUGUUAUCGCCUCCACAUAGAAAAUAUCGCCCGUCCACCACUAUAAAAAGCAUCUCCAUGUUGUUUAGACUCUACACUUUUCCCUACAUUUCUUUUCACUUACAUAUAUAAUUUAUUGCUCUUAAUGGUACACUUAUGGUCUAUGGAGUGUGUUUGGUAGCACAACCUAAAUCUAUGUUUGUGUAACUUUGUAUUAGGAUAUGUAGUGAUGUUUCCGGUUCAAAAUCCACUACAACAGUACCAUCUUGCCAAUAAUCGCCACGUACAAAUAAUCGGUUCGAUCUUGGUUAAACCUUAAACAUGAACACUAAUUAUCUCGAUUUCAUAUUUUUUUUAUUCUACUGUACUAUCUAUCUCGAUUUCAGUUUGUACAAGUCUAUUUUUAAGCAGCUCUGCUCAUACACAUUUUAUCUGAUGUUAUGUUAGGUGUGCAAUCUAAGCAAUGAUUGCCCUUUGUGACAUAGAUCGCUAACCAAAAUUUGACGUGUGGCCUAUUCGAGAUGCCUUUAAUUGAAUGACCAAAGGGCGAGGGGUACUCUGCGCAAAGGUAGCCAUGUAGCUAUUUUGCUUCAAAAUAGCUGUGAUUUUCCGGCUUUAUUAACUCUAAAUUAGCUUAAUGCCUUGUCGUUUUAUUACUCUA